UUCCUCACGGUCAGAUCUACAGUGAACACAGGAAAGUGCACAGAUGGCGCGAACAACAUCAACAAAGAAUCAAUUUCAAUUUCGCUUAGCUAUUAUACAUUAAAUUAUUGUAAACAUUGCAAAUAAUUUCAUCGUAGACGUGUAGAAUAGUAACCUUAGCUUAUGGUUUGGAGAAUGUGUUUGUUUUUUUAGUAUUUUCAACUCCAAGUUUGAAUGUUAGCUUGGUUUCCUUCCAUGUACGUCAGUCCAGGCUGUGUCUAUUAUUAGCGUUAGAGAAAGUGUUUUAUUUCGACGACUUUCUUCGCGACGUGUCAUAGAACUGUUAAACUAAUGACUCAAUGACUAGUUACGAGUCCAUUCUCAUUGCUGUCAUAGUUACAGAUUUAAAUGUAUUAACAUCCUGAGGCCAUAAAGGGGUUGACCAUGUCCAAAGGAGACCAGGAAGGCUUCAUUGUGAAGUUUGUGGAGGUUAAAGGCCAAAAAUCAGAGUAUGCCACCAAGGCUUAUGAGGCCAUUUUGGAGCUGCAGUCUGAAAAGUACUUAAAGUCCAUCGAUGAGGAUGCUGUUUUACAGAUGGAUCAGAAGGACAAGUCUCUGUUUGUGUUCAGCGCAUUUACCUCCCCAGCUUUUCUGCACUGCAAGGAGCUUGGCUGCCGAGUCGUGAGUCCACUGGUGGUGUUGUACUGCCUGCAGCAGCAACGUUGUGUCCCCAAAGCAGAGAAGCCUGUCUAUAACAUGGCCAUGGCUGAUGUCACCGUUUCCUGCACCAGCCUAGAAAAAGUAACACGGGCAGAAGUGAUGGAUCUGGUGCAACUCAUGGGUGGACGGGUUUAUCUUGACCUGAAUGUAUCUGUCACACACCUGGUCGCAGGAGAAGUUGGCAGCAAGAAAUACCUGGUCGCUGCCAGCCUGGGUAAACCCAUCCUCCUGCCCACAUGGGUCAGAGCCUGCUGGGAAAAAUCUCAGGACAGUCUUUUCAGAUAUACAGAUUUACCCACUGAGGACUAUCUGUGUCCAGUGCUGCGAGGCUGUAGUGUGUGUGUGACAGGACUUUCCAGUACAGAGCGCAAAGAGGUGCAGCGGCUCUGUGAACAGCACGGAGCCAACUAUGCUGGUCAGCUCAAAAUGAAUGAGUGUACACACCUCAUAGUUGGUGAACCAACAGGUCCGAAGUACGAGUGUGCGCGGAAGUGGAACGUAUAUUGCGUGUCUCUGCACUGGCUGUUUGACAGCAUCGAGAAGGGUUUUUGUCAAGACGAGAGCAGAUACACUAUGGAACGCAAUUCAUCAAAGUCCACUCGACAGCACACCUCCACCCCCACUGGUACCAACAAAAAGGAGGCUGGUCUAUCACUGUUGGGCUUGAGUCACAUCUCUGUCAACACCAGCAUGACGAUUCAGGACACGGCCCUGUCCAACAACACCACCAUCAGUCGCCUGGAGACUCCAGACCCUGUUGACAACCUGGACCUCACUGUCUGUCCAGCUGAUGAUUUACUGGACGGCUGUAAACUGUACCUUUGCGGCCUGCCAGGCAAGAAACUGGACAAACUGCGGCGUCUUGUGAACACGGCAGGUGGUCUGCACUUCAGCCAGCCCAGUGAGGAACUCACACAUGUGGUCAUGGGAGAGCUGGAUCAGGACCUCAAGAACUUUGUCUCCAAAGCCAAUCACAGGCCUCAUGUGGUAACAGUGCAGUGGCUGCUAGACAGUUUCACUAAGGGCAGUUUAGUCCCAGAAUCGGGCUAUUUCCACUCUGACUGUCUGCCCCCUGCUGUGGCCCCUGUUUCUGUGCCAGUCCGACACACUCCCAUCUCCCGGCCAUCACUUGUUCCUCCUGCCGUCAGUCCUAACACACCCAGGAAAGCAGAGGAGGAUCUGUUAUCACAGUACAUGGAUGAUGAUCCGACAGUUGUAGACAUGCCACCAGAGAGCAACAGGAGACAAUCCACAAGUACAACUGCACAGCCUCAAGCUGAAGCCUGGUCACAGAACCAGACCAGAGAACAAGAGCCAGACUCGACCCUGCAGGAGGCCAGCGAGGCUGGACUAUUUGCCGGGAAAUGUUUCCUCCUUGUCGGCUUCGGCAGCGAAGCGGAAGCUCAGCUCUCUCUGCUGGUGACAGAGCAUGGAGGGAGGAUGUUGACGGGUCGCACACGGGUUGUGGCCGACUAUGCCGUGGUGCCGCUCUUGGGCUGUUCAGUAGAAGCCACAGUGGACGAGGUGGUCACUGAUACUUGGCUGGCCAUGUGUGUGGAGAAAGAGUGUGCUCUGCAGCUUUCUUCCAACCCUUUGUUCACCCCCGUUCCUGUGAUGGACGGACGUUUCCCUCUUAAAGACUGUGUACUCUCCGUCAGUCAGUUUACUGGAGCAGAGAGAGAAUCUUUGGUGGAGCUGGCUAAGCACCUUGGAGCCAAUGUGCAGGAUUACUUUGUACGCCUGGCCAACCAGAAGAAAGGCAUGUUAGCCAGCACUCAUCUGGUGUUGCAGAGCCCUGAAGGCACAAAGUACCAGGCGGCAAAGAAAUGGGGGCUCCCUGCUGUCACCAUGAACUGGAUACUGGAGUCAGCUCGGACCGGUCAGAGAGCAAAAGAGGAGAGAUUCCUGGUGGACCUGCCGCCGUCGCCAGAGAGGGAGGAGGAGAGUUUUGUCGGUGCUUCUCAGAAACCCACCAUGUUGCCUCCGGCUCAUCCGUCUCCAGAGAUCCCUUUGCUGGGUUUCCAGAGUGGUAAAGCCAUUACACCUCUGGAUUUAGGUCGCUUUCAGAGCAAAGUGUUCCGCUCUGUUGUGGACAAGAUGAAGCCCAAAGACAGCACCCCAAAACAAAAUCAGGAGGGCAGCAGAAGAAACAAUCUUCAAAAAGAGCCCUCCCUGCAGUUGGACACUCCCUCUCGUUUCCUCAGCAGAGACCAGCUCUUCAGGCCAUCUUUUAAUGUCAAGGAUGCACUAGGAGCUUUGGAGACUCCAGGUGGGAGAUCAAAGCCAGCAGAGAUGGUUGACACCCCACUGACAGAUCUCAUCAACCGCAACCUGAAGGUGGCUCUGGCUAAUAGCGUGCGUCACCAGGAAAUGCAAGCAGUCUCAGCCAGCCCCCAGUUUACCAAGACAGCUGAGAAGGAGGUGUUUUGCAAGGCUCCAGAGAAAGAAGCUGGUCCCCUGUGUGGUGUUGUGAUCUGUGUGGGAAAGAAGCUGGCCAAAAUGCAAGGUGAACUAAAUGCCAUCGCUGCCUCACUUGGAGCUGACUUCAGGUGGGCUUGUGAUGAUACUGUGACACACUACAUCUAUCAGGGUCGAGUGGGAGACAACAACCGGGAGUACAGAGGAGUGAAGGAGAGAGGACUGCACAUGGUCUCUCAGCACUGGCUACAGGCUUGUGCUGAGGAGGCGAGACACGUGCCGGAGUCUCUGUAUCCUUUCACCUACAACCCCAAGAUGAGCCUGAACCUGAGCCAGGUGCCCAACAGCACUCAGAAGUCUCCGCCUUUAACACGUACACAACUGCGAAACAUCGCAGAGACCAGUGACAACAAACCUGAGCACGAUACCACAGAAGAUGCUACAACCUUGCGUCGCGUAAGUGAUGGAAGUGUGGAUCAAGAGGAGAUGAAUGAUUCAACAGAAAAGGGUGAUAUUUCAGAGAAUCUGGAAAUGAGAGAGAACCUGCAAAGACAGCUGCAAGAGAUCAUGACAGCCACCACGUUGACGACAGGCAGGCGAACCUCAGUCAGACUCGCCAGGAUAGGAUCAGGCGGGGCCGACUCAAGGCCCCACAUACCUGAUGGCAGCCGACUUGGACGCAGUGGGAACAGGAGAACUCUCGAGGCCCUGAGGGUUUCCAGAGAAGCAGCCAUGGACAUUAACACAGAGCCAUCCCAGAGUGAGCAGAUAGUGUGGGAUGACCCCACAGCCAGGAAAGAGAGGGCAAAGCUGGCUGAUAACUUGCAGUGGCCUGGUAGUCCUUCACAGCAUUCAGAGCCUUUCCAUCCUCCACCUCCCCCAACUGCAGAAAACAGUCAUCAGAAUGGAGAAUCCAUGACUGACUCUGAGCUGGUAGAGAUGGCUGCUUGUGAUGUCAUUGAACAGCAUAUGGGCCAGAAAGUGACGACCCCUCAAUCAAAAGAGUCUGAAAAUAACGUCCUCACUCCAAACGCUCCCAGCAUCGCCUUUCCUCUCGCCAAACCUCCAGUAGCACCAGAGCCACAGGAGGAGCAUAAGAAAGAAAAGCAGCCACCCAGAUUUCAGCUCUCCUCCCUCAGCCCUCAGGAACGCAUUGAUUACAGCCAACUCAUCGAGGAGCUUGGUGGUGUCGUCCUGGACAAGCAGUCCUUUGACCCCAGCUGCUCCCACAUCAUCGUGGGGACUCCUCUGCGCAACGAGAAGUACCUGGCAGCGAUGGCAGCCGGUAAAUGGAUCCUGCAUCGCUCGUAUCUGGAGGCCUGUCGAUCUGUGGGUCACUACAUCCAGGAGGAUGAGUAUGAGUGGGGAAGCGGCUCAAUCCUGGACGCGUUGCCUUCCAUCAACUCCCAGCAGAGGAGACUAGCUUUAGCCGCCAUGCGCUGGAGGAAAGCCCUGCAUGGAAGCUGUGAUCGAGGGGGUGCCUUCAGUGGAUGGACAGUCAUGCUAAACAUUGACCACAGCAGAGAAUCAGGCUUCAGGCGGUUGCUGCAGUCUGGUGGAGCAAAGGUCCUGCCCAGUCCCUCCCCAUCCUUGUACAAAGAAGCCACUCACCUGUUUGCUGAUUUUAGUCGACUGAAGCCCGGAGACUUUAGAGUCAACGUGUCAGAGGCUACAGCUGAAGGAGUCACAUGUUUGAAGCCAGAAUAUAUCGCAGACUACCUCAUGCAGGAGCCGACUCCACCUAUGGAGCCGUACUGCCUGACUGAAGCUCCCCCCGAGGAAACUCCCGAUACUCCAUCACGCAAACGUAAAGCAGCAGUCGACACGUCCAGGCUGAAAAAGAGCCGCCUGAACUGAAAUGUAACUCUAAAAUAUUGUCCUCAUAAUCCCUGUAAAAUUAGACUCUUUUUUUUU